AAUUAUAUUCGGACACCUGACCAAACUUUAGUGAUUCAUUUAUAAAUUAUUGACGGCGUGAUUUACACUUCCAUCACAUUUUGUUGAUUUCAAAAUCACAAGCACGUAUUUAUCUUCAUUGGUCGCAGUUGAAUGAAUUAAGAAACAUGGCAUCAGCAAUGGGAGAGUCUGCAUAUACUCCUACUUUGACGGAAACAAUCAAAGUUCCAAGCAAAGUUUUGAGAAAAUCUUCUGGAAUUUCGUGUGACAUCGGCGGUUCGUUGGCUAAGUUUGUCUACUUCUCCAAGGAGGAUCAAGCGACUGGGGAUGAUGGUAAAACGACGUUGAAUCUAGUGUCGUUUCCGAGGGACAGAAUCGACGAUGGACUGUCGUAUAUUAACAAAUGUUUUACAUCUCGAGUGACAAUGGGGGAUUGGCGGGAUGAGAAGAUAACUACAACUGGUAUAGGUGCCUACCAGUACAAGAAGAAACUCAGUGAGGCCCUCAAAGUUGAAACAGACAAAAUGGACAACCUGAUGGAAAGCAAUUGCUUCAUGAAAACGUUGCAGUUGCUUGGCAGAACCGUCCCACGAGCUGAGCUGGUGAACGAUGUUGACGAGGAAGCUCAGGAACAGAUAAAAAAACUUGUUGGACUAAUGUUUAAAAUGAUGGAAGAUCUGAAAGCAUCUGGCCAGUUAAAAGAAGGCAUGGAGUCCCCGUUAGAUGAACAGCUUGUGAGCGAGACUCAGAAAGGAAUUGUUGCGAGUGCAGAUGACUUAGCUAUUCAUUAUCCAUGUGCUGUGUGUGUGAUAGGGUCGGGAGCCGCAGUGUUAAAACUCGAGGAAGAUGGCACUUAUUCUAUGCUAGAGAUGUCUAAUUUAGCAGGGAAGACAUUUCUGGGGCUUGGAGCACUAUUAACAGGGGCGAAGACAUUUGAGGAACUAAUCAGUUUAGCUGAGAAUGGCUCAUCUGAGAAUGUUGACACGAUGAGUUCAGAUCUUCGUAGUGAAGACACAAACAACGAUGCAUAUUCCGCUCUCACACACUCUAUGGACGUUCUACUUUAUUCUUUUGGAAAGAGCACCAAUAAGGAUUUGGGAGAUUUCAAGAAGGAGGACAUCGCCCGCUGUCUUUUAGCCAAUAUGUGCCAGAUUUUGACACAAACAGCUCAAAGUGGCGCGGCAGUCAAUGGACUCAAACACAUCUAUUUUUGUGGGAGUUUCAUUGGACAUGAACUUGUGAGAAGGGAAAUGUCGAAAGCCAUCAGCAAUCGAGCUAUGUCAAAUCCACAGGUUUAUCUUAAACUCAAUUACGGGUUCGUCAAAUAUGGUGGUUAUUUAGGAGCAAUAGGAGCUCUGCUGUUUGCGCAAGAAGAGAAAUAUUCUAAGAUACAAAAAACAGUAGACCAGAGUAACAAGGCCAGUUAGAAAACUCAUCUUGAAUGGAAUAACAAUGAACGAAACUGUAACAGAACAAUGAAACACUAAAGGAAAGAUAAUUGGCUAUUUUUUUCAUAUUUCACUGUCGGGGUAUAGGUACAGGUAUCCUGAUUUGGAUUCUUCCUGUGUGGAAUUUGCUAGAUUAAUCUACACAAAGGUUGAGAAUUAUAGCAAACAGAGGGAUAAAUUUCAGCAGAAGCUUGGGAUAAAUAUUCAAAAUGAAGAUUGAAGAUAAGUAAUGUCCUUCAAAUGUACAUCAUGGUUGCAGUCAGGCAACAGAGGCUACUGCAAAAUAUGAGAAAACUUUUGAAUAUUUGGUGCAAAGGUCAAAAUAAAAUUUUAAGAAUAUCAAUUUACCUUUACUUUCAAAGCUGGCAUUGCUUGAGUAAGUUUUUACUCCUACUCCUCUCUGAUAUUAGGAAUGUAGAUACACAUUUUCUUCUAUUUGUGAUGAAUAAAUUAUUUACAUUUUA